ACUCUGUGAGUAGAGCGCAUCAUGAAUCAGUCCAUUCCUCCUCUUCCUCGCUCAUUGUGAAGCAUGCUGCUGUGCACCUUUCACCACAGAAAUCCAGCGUUUUUAUGUUGGGGAAUAGGAAGCAAAUGCGUGGACGAUGAAAAAGAAAAAUAAACGACUUCGAGGAAGGAUGUAGAGACAGCUUCUGUAAAUAUGUAAUUUCGCGUAGGGAAGAGGACGGCGGUGUGAAUUCGUAGCUUGCGUAGCAGCAUGACAUAUUUGUAGCAAACAUCACCGCAAACAUGGGCUCUCAGGUUGUGCAAACGUUACGCCAAGGGGUCUGGGCUUCACUGACCGGCGGAUGGUACCAUGAUCCAGACCAGAAUAAAUUCAACAAUUCAUGUCACCUCUAUUUAUGGAUGUUUUUGCUUAUGCUUCCGUUAUCUCUUCAUUUGGCUCUUCCACCCACCACUGCUACCCUUAGCAUCUACUGCUCCUCAGUGACAGUUUUCUUCGUUGUCAUUAAGAUGGUAAAUUAUCGCCUCCAUCUGAUGUUCGAUCGGGGUGACAUUGUUGCCCAGAAUAGUGUGCCUGACAUCAGUAAAGGUGUAGACAAGAAAAGCAAUGCGUCUGAUUCCUGUCUUCCAUCUUUGAGAAAGAGCAGCACAGUGCCUGAUAGCGUUGCCACAUCAGUAUUGACCAAAAACAAACAGAGUCCAGUAAUACAGGUCACAGUGAAACAGACGGAGAAAGACCCUGGACUUAUUGGAGAGUGUCCAAAAUCUGAGGAAGCACAGAGGAGCACAGAGGGCCAGGAUGAUGAAAGGUCUAGGCCAGAGGCUGAAAAGAGACUCACUCCUGAGGAUGUGUUCAGUCCCAACACUGACCAGUCUGCCCCACUUCUGCAAGGAGAGCAGAUUCCAUCAGCCCACAGAGACAACGCUGAUGAUAAUCAACCUCCCACAGUUAAUGAGGAAGACGAUAUAGAAGAGAAAGAGAAACCCCCCACUGACCCCAACAACAAUAAUACAUCUCCAGAAAUCACAAGAGAGGUUGAUAAUGGAGAAACGCCCGAGGAGAAUUAUUGCUCAGACGAAAUUGCUGUGGUACUGGUGGACAACUCGAGUCCUUCCGCCCACCUGGAUGAAAGCGAUACGGUGAAGAUCACUAUCACAAUGAGCUGUGACCCACAGACAGCAGCAGAGCUGAAGGAGUCGGUCAAACUCAGCAUCCUAGAGUUGGCUCAGGGAGAAUCUGGCAGUUCUGUCAAAAUUCCUGUCAUCACCUUUGAUUCGCCUCACGAAGCCUCUACUGGGGAUGAAGAAGAAGAAGUACCAGAUUCAGGGGACAAAUCUGUUCAGGAGCAGUCGGAACGUCAAGACAGCCUCCUCGCCAAAGAGCCAAUAAGUUCAGAUUCUGCUCAGGAGUGCAAAGAAAUAGAAAGCAAUGAGAAGGAAAUGACUAUUCUGAGCCCUCAGCUGACUAACAACAGCUCCUCGGGCAUUGACGUGAACUCCCACCUUGAUGAAAAUGACCCCCCUGAGCUGAAGCCUGAUGCUGAUGGAUUCUUGCAGAUUCCAUCGGCGUAUAUGAGGUGUACGCAAAGUGGAAGAACCCACGGUAGGGGACUCAGCAUUGACAGUGGACGGGACGCCGUUCUCAUUAGCCACAAAUCUAAAGACAAACUCUGCACAAUGACCUCCUCCAAAUCAGACCUGGAAGCCAAGGAGGGUCAGAUACCCAAUGAGUCCAACUUUGUCGAGUUUGUUUCUUUGCUGGAGUCUAUCAACAGCACCAGAUUUGGAGGAGGAAAUCAGGCUGAUGAGGAGAAAGAAGAAAAUAAUGAAAAGCAAAGCACAGUGACAGAAAAGACCUCGGAGGUCAAGGAGUCUACAGGACAACCAGAACGUCCCAAUCCUCCAAACAGUCUGACCACAGAUACAGUGAAAACCUUUCCAGAAACUCUCAUUCCUAUUGUCUCACCAGAAAGUCCACAUACAGAUAAGGAGAGGGAUCCAGACUAUGAUUCUCUGCCCUCACAAACAUCACAGUCAGAGAGUUCAAUGCUACAGGUCAUCUGUAGACCAGAGGCUACAUCUAAAGAAGAGGCAUACACGUUCCACACUGUUCACAGAGAGAGACCACGGAAACUGUACAAUGAAAGAGCUCUAAACUUACCGCUUGGUGCUGAGCUCAUCACUGGCAACAUAUGUGAUCUCCUCUCCACGUCGUCUAACUCCGAGUGUCAGGAUGGGUCAUUAGGAGGACCUGCCGAUUGCCCGUUCCAGCGACGCAUCCUUCCAACUCGACGUCUCCGGCCAAGAAGAACCCAUCCGGAAAUCUUUCAGGAGGAGGAUUCUUUGGAUGACUCCUCUGAGACGUCAACCCAGGAGAAACCCUCAAGAAAGCUCUACUACAAGAUAAAGGUUUUUCCAGGGAAAUGGGUGAACAUAUUGUAUGAUCGGUUAACCUUGCUGGCAUUGUUCGACAGGAACAAAGAUAUCACCGAGAACAUUGUGGCUAUAUUCUUGGCUUUCCUGGUGGCUUUUCUUGGGUUUGUGCUGCUAAAUGAAGGCUGCUUCAAAGACAUCUGGGUCUUUCAGUUCUGCCUGGUCAUUGCUAGCUGUCAGUAUUCUUUGCUGAAGAGUGUUCAACCAGAUGCAGCAUCACCUACGCAUGGACAUAAUCAAAUUGUCGUCUAUAGUCGCGCUGCAUUUUUCUGUAUGUUCUGUGGCCUUAUUUGGAUUUUGGAGAUUGUGUUGAGAACGCCAGACCUCCCAGUGUUCACUGUCUAUAGCAUCACCAUAGUAACUUCAGAUUUCCUCCAGUAUUUAAAAGACAUUUUAGUCGGGUUUACAUGCUGCUUCCCUGUAACGUUUCUUCUUGGCGUCUUUCCGCAAAUCAACACCUUUUUUAUAUACUUUUUGGAACAAAUUGACAUGCACUUAUUUGGAGGUACAGCUGCAACUGGACUCCUGUCAGCCGUGUACUGCAUUGUGCGGAGUAUUAUAGCAGUAUCUUUACUCUACGGUUUCUGUCUCGGUGCUUUGAAGGAGCCUUGGAAUGAACAGCAUAUUCCGGCACUUUUCUCUGGCUUCUGUGCACUGCUGGUGGUCCUGUCUUAUCAUCUCAGUCGACAAAGCAGCGAUCCAUCAGUGUUAUUCUCUUUGAUGAAGUCGAAGCUGAUGCCAUCUCUUGUGCAUGAGGAUGAUGAGGAGGAGGAGACAUCUACUGAGAACACAGACCCUCUGCCAGAGAAACUCAAAAACUCUGUGAAAGAAAUUUUGCUGUCAGAUCUCGUUGUCUGUAUCCUCGUUUCAGUUUUGACCUUUGCAGUUACUGCCAGCACUGUUUUCCUGUCUCUAAGGCCAUUUGUGUCCAUAGUGCUGUAUGCUUUAGCGGCCACUGUGGGCUUUGUCACCCACUAUAUCAUCCCUCAGUUACGAAAACACCAUCCCUGGAUGUGGAUCUCUCACCCUGUGCUGAAGAGUAAAGAGUACUCACAGUUUGAACCUAGAGAGGAUGCUCAUCUGAUGUGGUUUGAGCGGCUCUAUGUGGGGCUGUUGAGCUUUGAAAAGUAUGUUGUUUACCCCGCUAUCGUCCUCAGUGCACUUACCAAUGAUGGCUUCAACCUGAGCCAUCAAAAGAAACUUGGAAUACACUGUGAUGUCUUGUUGAUGACAGUUGCCGGGAUGAAGCUUCUCCGUGCCUCCUUCUGCAAUCCCAGCUAUCAAUUCCUCACGCUCAUCUUCACCAUCAUCUUCUUUGAGUUUGACUGCAGCAGUGCCUCUGAAACCUUCCUGCUCAACUUCUUCAUCAUGUCUAUCAUCUUCAGCAAGCUUUGGGAUCUUCUCCACAAGUUGCACUUCAUUUUGGUGUACAUCGCUCCCUGGCAGAUAGCUUGGGGUAGUGCAUUUCACGCAUUUGCGCAACCUUUCGCUGUACCUCACUCUGCCAUGCUCCUGGUACAGACGCUCAUCACUACUCUCUUCUACACGCCCCUCAGUCCUUUCCUCGGAAGUGCCAUAUUCAUUACCUCUUAUCCACGACCUGUUAAGUUCUGGGAGAGGAACUACAACACCAAACGCAUUGACAAUUCCAACAGUCGUCUGGUGUCCCAGGUUGACAAAGAGACUGGCUGCGAUGACAACAACCUCAACUCAAUCUUCUACGAGUACUUGACGCGCUCCCUGCAGCAUUCUUUAUGCGGGGAUCUGAUGUUGGGCCGCUGGGGGAACUAUUGUUCUGGCGAUUGCUUCAUCCUGGCAUCUGACUACCUUAACGCACUUGUUCACCUCAUUGAGGUCGGAAACGGCCUGGUCACCUUUCAGCUGCGAGGCCUGGAGUUCAGGGGCACGUACUGUCAGCAGCGUGAGGUGGAGGCUAUCACAGAGGGGGUGGAGGAGGAUGAUUCCUGUUGCUGCUGUGAGCCGGGCCAUUUACCUCACAUGCUGUCCUGCAAUGCUGCCUUCAAUCUGCGCUGGCUGGCCUGGGAGGUGACAACAACCAAGUAUCUGCUGGAGGGCUACAGCAUCAGCGAGAACAAUGCUGCCACCAUGCUGCAGGUCUAUGACUUGCGCAAGCUGCUCAUCACUUACUACAUUAAGAGUAUCAUCUACUAUCUGGUGAUCAGCCCUAAGAUGCAGAUUUGGGUAAAAGAUGAGUCCAUGCAGGAAGCACUGCAGUCUUACAGUAAAUGGCAUCACAUUGAGAAAGACCCAGCUGUGUUCAGCAUGAAGAUUGAUGAGGACUAUGUCCACUGUCUGCAGGGCGUCACAAGAGCCAGCUAUUGUAAUGUCUACCUGGAGUGGAUUCAGUACUGUGCCAACAAACUAGAGGAGUCUGUGGACAGUGAUGAAGAUUCCGCCUUGGUUACUCUGUGUUUCGCUCUGUCUGUACUCGGUCGAAGGUCCCUCAGCACAGCAGCACAUAACAGAUCCAACAGUUUGGAUUCAUUCCUCUAUGGCUUCAACUCGCUGUUCAAAGGUGACUUCCGCAUCGCUGCUAAAGAUGAGUGGGUGUUUGCUGAUAUGGACCUGCUGCAGACGGUGGUGGCCCCAGCUGUCAGAAUGAGUCUGAAACUUCACCAGGACCACUUCACAAGCCUGGAGGAGACUGAAGAGCCUGCCUUGCUUUACGAAGCCAUCAGUAACUACAAGAGCAGUCUGGUGAUCUGUCACGAGAGCGACCCCGCCUGGCGGAGAGCGGUACUGUCCAGUCGAGACACGCUGCUCACACUCCGGCACAUGGUGGAUGAAGUGCAAGAAGAGUACAAGAUCAUCAUGCUCUACAAACGCCAUCUCAGCUUCAAAGUUAUAAAGAUCAAUAAAGAGUGCGUGCGAGGGCUUUGGGCAGGCCAGCAACAGGAGUUGGUCUUCCUCCGCAACCGUAAUCCUGAGCGCGGAAGCAUCCAGAACUCAAAGCAGGCUCUGAGGAACAUGAUCAACUCCUCCUGUGACCAGCCUCUUGGUUAUCCCAUGUUUGUGUCCCCGCUCACCACCUCUUACAUGGGGACUCACAAGCAAAUAAGGAACAUAUGGGGCGGCCCCCUCAGUUUGGAAAGCAUUCGUGCCUGGCUGCACUCCAAGUGGUUUCGGGUGAGAAAGGACAACCUCACCAGCUGUAACAGCGGCACGAACAUGGAAGAUGUAGAUUGUGCCGGAUCUUCCUUCAGUCAGAAUCAGAACUCUGCAACCUCUCAGAGUUUAAGCCAGCAUCACGGCCGACCUCGCAGCUCUCAGUCCAGACAUCACGGAGCCCACCAGGAGUAUCGCAGUCGCUCAGUGCAACCUCAGAGCCAACGGCCCCCCGUCACCAGUCGAUCCGGCCCCAUCCUGGACAGCCAGCACGGCUCCGGAGGUCCCGGCUUGGCUCAGCGGCUCUCCAACAGCCAGCUAUCUUUCAACACCUCCUCCAUCGCCUCUGUGUUCUCCCAGGUGCCGCGACUGUCCACCACAGGUCCUCUGGCUUCAGCCGCAGGUCACCAUCGCUCUGGCCAGGUUUCUUCGUCCAGCUCCACAUUGAGUCUGCUGUUCGGAAAGAGGAGCUUCUCCAGCGGUUUGGUGAUCUCUGGCCUCUCAGCAGCUGAGGGGGGAAACACCAGCGACACCCAGUCCUCCAGCUCCGUCAACAUCGUCCUAGGACCAUCCUAUCGCUCAGCGAGUCGUGCAACCCAGCAGUGGACUUCAGAAACUUAUGAGAGCAUAGAUGCUUCUUCGACCUUUACCACGGGCCCGAAGGUCCAGAGCACCGAUAAGAGCCAAGAAGACUCGGUCUUUCAUGAAGCACCGGAGCAGAAAACCAUAUGAGAACGCGAUCACCAAAUGCCUCAGCCCAGCAUGUCCUCCUGACAGUAAUGUACAUUACAGGUUUUUAACUCAAACAUCUGCCUUGUGUAGAAUUAAUUGUAAGGAUCCUACUUAAGGGAAAAGAACUUAAGAAAAUAAAUAAGAGUGCCAAAACUGCUUGCAUUUAUGUCUAAACCCAUACAUUUGAAUAUAUGGGAGGGCAGGUUACAGGAGCAGAGUGCAUUUGGUAGUGCGUUUUGAGUGCAUGUACUUUACCAUCACAGUGGGGGUUGUUUUCUGGAGUGAAAAUAAAGAUUGUUAAAUAAUGUGACAUCGCCUGACUAAAGAAAAGGUCAGAUAUGAUUGCAUUGCUGUUUUUCUAAAUACUGGUGUAUUUAAAUGUGUUGUGAUUCAGGUUUGUCUUUGGUAUAUAUUGAUACAUACGAUCAAGGAUUCCACUUAUAGAUGCACCAGAAUGUGACAAGCAAAAAAUGUCAUUUAUAUUAUGACAAAACAGACACUUACUGGCUUACUGUUAUUGUAAGGUAACACAAAUACAUGUGUGCUGCAGUGUCUUUAAGUGUGGCAGGCACAAUAUAAUAAGUAUUGACUUUAUUCGCUCAGAUCAGUAAAUUCCUCCAAUAGGAUGAAAUGAUUGAGUUUAAUGGAUCUGGAACUACAUACAAAAGCAUAAUGUUGUAUGUUUUUACUGAGGGAGAUGUGUGGCUUCCAGUAUAUUUAUUACUGUACGUGAUAUGGGGGGUAUGUACGAUGUGUUGUAAUAUCUAAUAUUUCAUGGCAAGUCUAGCCCUUUAAUAAUGACUGAAUAUUAUAAUGCUCCUAAAAAACAGGGAGAUCUUGACACAUAAAUCCACUCCAUAACACAAUUUGAAUAAAAAAAGAAAAACAC